GGGGAGAGUGGAGCCUCGAGAAGCACUGUUGAGAGGAAGAUCCUUGGCUCCUCUUCAUUCUCUACAGGUUCUUCAACAUAGGUGACAAGGAGCGAGGCAGAGAUGGAAGAGAUCGAACACGGGAAUAAGAAAGACUACGUUCCUUUUUGAUCAUUUUGAUAGAGGGGGAUGGAGAAAGUUGACAAAACAGACUCGCAUUUCCCGGUCGAAAAGAUGGGUUCCUUUUUCGUCUCGCAUUUUUUCAUAGAACAAAUACGGGAAAAAAAAUCAUAUUGAAAACGUUCCUAACCCAACCCCUUCCUUCGUAGAGCUGUGUAUUGUAAGUGAUCCGAACCUGCCCGGAGCGAGCCCCCCAUAGAGGCAAGUGAAGUUGGUGAGCCGUAUGAUGGGCAACUAUCUCUUGCGGUUCGGAGAGGACUCAGCUGUUAGUUAGUACCCCCUUGGUUUCGGGGUGGACUCUUUCACUCUAUUUUAUUAUAUACGCUUAGCGAAAAGAAUGUUUUUUGAUACACCUAGGACAUGGAUUCUAUAUGAACCAAUGGAUCGUAACAAGUCGUUACUACUAGCAAUGACUUCCUCUUUCAUUACUUCAUCCUUUCUAUAUCCCUCUCCCUUGUUCUCAGUUACUCAUCAAAUGGCACUCAGUUCAUAUCUUUAAGUUCGAUCAUUGACAAGGUUCAAAGAAAGGGUGGGCCAUUGAUAAAGAAUCGAUUUCAAACCACAAUGCUAGCAGAUGGCGGGCCUCCGCUUUUCUUUUCAUUAAUGAAACCUGCCAGUCAUUAUGGACUCAAAUCAAAAGGACAAAAAAUUAGGAUUAUUCAGGCGUUUGCCUCUUUGUUCAAAAGAAAAAAAAAAGACGUGGGUGGCAUUAUGACUGGAGUGUCAGUUAGAAAGGUUCUUACAAUGUUCGAAAAAAAAGCAGCAUUCUUCUUUUUUUUUUACUUAAGGAGAGGGAGGAGGGCUUUCUAAGAAGGGCUUGGGACCUAUAAACGGAACAACACAACAAACAUGAUGAAAUGAAGAAGAAUGAACGGGAGGCGUCGGAGGAAGGACUGACGAACUACUUACUUGUGUUUGGUUAACUACUUUACUGACUUGGGGUUCUUUCUCGUAAGUGGUACACCUACACCCUGCACGCACACUCACUCUAUCUAUAUACGUAUACGUUGAUAGCCUUUCGAAAAAAGCCCCUCUCUGUCUACUAAAUUAAAUACAGUUUUUUCAGGCCGAACAAUAGCAAGGCCCGGAUCCAGCUGAAAAACGGAAUGGAAUACUCUAAGAUGCUUCAUAGCUUCAACAAGCCCCUUUCUUAUUAUUAGUAAAAUAGGGUUCCAAACCUGCGCUCCAGCGAAGAAAACUACAGGGCGAUUGGUUGGUGGUUGGCUCUUUAUUCAGGUGCUCUUCUGUCUUCAGGUGGCUACUGCUUAGUUAGUUCUGUAGUUCUGUCUUGCUUGAGUUGCCUACCCCAUCUAUGCCUAUGCAACAGAGAAGAGAACAGCAACUACUGUGCUGUGCCCUACAACUGCUAUUGAACUGCCUCUACUCCGCCUACUUCUUGUGCCGACUUCGCCAGCCUCGCGGGGUACCGAUUUCCUCCUGCUUCGUGCGCCGGGCCGGGCCUGUACCUCCCAGAUUGUCUACUCCUCUUUCCCAUAUUUCCCAUACUAUUAUAUUAGCCGGCCUGUAUACCAACAAGAGCAACAGUUUUUAUUCAAAGAGCCACAUGUACUGCGUGUGCGCGCCGUUGACUCCUCUACUUAAUGGGCUAUUUCAUUUCGAAACCUACUUAGUUCAAAUUUCUAUUUCGUCUAUACGCCCAUGGGAUAUAUAAAAUGAAAAGAAAGAUUUGUGUUUAGCGUGACAGGAUCACCGGGAAUGGAAUAAAAAAAUUAAAAAAAGAGAAGUGUGUACCGUUGACCAGAAAAAAAAAUCUAAAAAAAAAAAUGGAAAGCCUUUUUCUUGCUUCGCUUACAUGCUUGUUCUAUGAGUUGACUACUCCAUUGGGGAAUACUCCUUAAUGUCAUAUACUGGAUGCUCGAGGCUCCCCCAAUCGAAAGCUGCGGCAGUUGGGGAGUCUCAAGAAGACCAAUGAGCACCCAUUGAUCGAGUUGGGGAGUUUACCUCUGCCUUCUUCUUUUUUAAUAUGAAUAUGAACUACGACAAGGAAAAUCAAUCCUUAGAAAGACAAACAUUGGAUUGUUUUUUUGGUAACAUAUUCUUUUUUUCUUUGUCUAUUGACUGAGUUGCCCUUUUCUUUUAUUUUAAGUUUACCUUUUCCAAUAUGUGAGAUGCGAGAAUGAAGCUCCAAAUAACUCGCCUUCAAACGCGGGUGGAACUGCACUCUUUUUUAGGAGAUAGAAGGAAGAGCAUGAAGAGGUUUUUUUUUCCUGAGGUCGGAAGCUGAAUCGAGAACUUCUAUUCAUUUUGCUACUGAGCCAAUAGCUCAAUAAAGGACAAUAAAGGAUCUACACCAAAGAAAAAAUGCAGGUUGGUUCCUGUUGAAUUGAAAGGGCGGUGGAAAGGGUGCUGCGCUAACAAAGAGGUAGCUUACCUACAAUCAAAAAAAGAAAUCCCAAUUAAACUGUUAGGGAAGGGAUUCUAAACAUUUGAAUUCCCCUAUUCAAUACUAUGCUUAUAAAUUAUAAAUUGACUAUUUAGAUGUUAUAUGCUAGGAUAUUAAUCCAAGCCUAAGCCUAAAAAGAUUGUGAAAGUCCGUAAGAGAUAAGUAUAUUAUUGAAGUGAAGCUCAGUUUUAAACAGUCAUUUGAUACUUUUUUUAUGGCAGUUGGAGUGAAUUGACCAACAUUUACAUAUGAAAUUAUUCUGUUGGGGAAGAUUUCACAAUAUUUUUUGCUAGCCUGCCUAUCCCGAUAAGAACAAUGGCCAAUGGCAUUACAUCCAGUGACAUCCUAUCCUCUCCAUAGGAAGAGUAUGGGCUACUUAUCCUGUAUAUAUCUAGCUGGGUUGACCCUUUUCUUCAAGCUUAAGUAGGUUAAAGCCUUCGCCUCAUCAAGAGAAUUACCCCUCUAGUUCUAGGGGAACUUUCAAUCUACAACAGGUAAAUCCACUCGAAAAAGAGAGAGCCCACUUUUAACUCCUUUAUAAAAAACUCCUUUGCUUGGAGAGAGCGCGUAAGCUGCUUCGGGAUUCACUCAAAAAAGACUAGGCUGAAUCUUCUGCCUAUUCUUCGCGGGUGCCCUAUUUUAGACUGGACUUAAUCUUAGAGUUCUAACUCUUAAUUAAAAAGCGCCCUUUACUUUAAUUCAAAUAAAGACCAGGGAAAUAAAAGCUUAAAGCAAAGUUAGCUAUUCUUACUUCUGGCCUUACUUCACCCAUGAACGGUAAUGCCCAGAAUCCCUUUAUUCAUCUUAAACUGAAGGAACGCAUUAUUCAAUUUCAAUUAAAAUUGGGACUAGUUCAGUACCAUCCUCGCCCCCGUGGAGGAAAUAGCUUAAUUAGAGUUAUUUAAAGACUGGCGCCAUCUCCGCCCCUUAUUAUAAUUAUGAGUCAGGCCUUUUUUCAUCUUCAAGCACUCUUUCCGCGUAUGCAAAGGUUAAAAUCAAAGUCGGAGGCUGGGACCAUUCCGCUUCUGCAAGUGUGCCACGAUACUUGCACGUGCUUGGGCACGAAUAUCCUCUGCUUUCGAACAAUAGCAAGUCGACCUUAUUGAUCUCUGGAACUAGCUACCAGCUCGUCCACAGAAAUGUUCCCUAGCUAAUCCAUCGCCCUUCUCAUUCCUAGCCGCAGCUGCUCUUGCGCCGAAGAUG